AUGAAAGGUACGACAGCCAUCUUCGCGAUAAGCACGGAAGAAAGAACUGCCCCUUCUGCGAGGAAAGCCCUCUUUCUCAAGCAGAACUCAGGAACCAUAUACAGCAGAAGCAUCCAGCAACUGCUAAUUGCCCCGAAUGCGGGGGGUCGCAGACUAAAGAUGGUUUGCUAUUUCAUCUUGAGCAAGUGCAUUCUUGGAUACGAUGCGGGUUCUGCACAGAUGUCUUCCCCAAACUUAAAGAAAUGGAGGACCACAGACAGAUCGCUCACGAUACCAAGGCUUGCCCGGAAUGCCCCGCUGUUGUUUCAGCAACAGGGCUGGCACAUCACCUCGUACAGCACCACCAUUAUUCAACUUGCCCCCCUUCGCACGAAGAACCUUCAUGUACCACAGGAGAUGGCGAACAUAUCUCUCAGUCCGAUGAAGACUUUGCGAGCAACUGCCUCCCCAAUGGAAUAG